AUGGAUAUUCCCACCAUGAAUCUUCUGAUCAUGGAUUCUUCCAUAUCUGAUGUUCCCACCAGAGACACUCUCACCAUGGAUACUCACACCAUAAAGACUUUCAAAGAAUCAAUGCAAACCAGCCCUAGCUUGAAUGACACCCCGGCAUAUACAGAAGGAAAGCCAACUGUCCAGAUCACUAUCGGGUUCCAAGCUCCAUGGAAUUUCUCCUACCCAUUUAGUGCCCAGCGUCUUGGCUCUGCCAUCCAGUUGGCCAUUGAUACAAUAAACAAAGACUGGGGCCCUUCGUUUUUGGGUAACUACACCUUGGAUUUUGUGUACGCUGACUGCAGCUGUAACGCCAAGACCUCCCUUAGUGUUUUUAUCAACCAAUUUCAGAAUCAGCAGAUCUCUGCCCUGCUUGGACCUGUGUGCCCGGAAUCCGCGGAGGUGACCGGUUUACUUGUCUCAUCUUGGAACAUACCGAUGUUUGGCUUCGUCAGCCAAACACAAAAAUUAGAUGACAGGCGUAUCUACGACACCUACAUCAAAGUUGUAUCUCCACUCCAGCGUAUCUCCGAAGUUCUGGUGAAAACCUUAAAAUAUUUUAAUUGGAAUUACAUUGCUCUGUUUGGAGGGUUAUCGAAAGGAUCUAUGUGGGAAAAAAUGGAUGAAUUGUGGCAAUCUCUGGAAGUCCAGCUAACAGGAAACUUUACCAUCUCUGCAAAAAUAAAAUACGACUCCGGAAGCUUACAGAGUCUCCGCGAGAACCUUCAAAUAGUGGCUUCACUGGCCAGAGUUAUCGUUUUAGUAACUAGCUCUGAGGACGCCAGACUGAUCCUAUAUGAAGCUGUGCAGCAGGGAUUAACCAAUGGGAAAUAUGUAUUUAUCAUGUUACAGCAAUAUGAGGAAAACUUUUGGAAAGAAGCUGUGAGCAGCAAGAUGAAUGCGGACAUUCUGAAGGCGUACGAGUCCGUCUUUAUGAUCGCAGUAAACUCCAACUACAGUUACCUUUCCUUCAUGAAGCAGGUCUACACAAGGUUAAAAGGACCGCCGUUUUACAGCGAGAUCUCGUCCGAAUACCAGGUCAGUCCAUAUUCUGUGUAUCUUUAUGACUCGGUCUUGCUCUACGCUCUGGGUUUAAGGGAAAUGAUCAAACAAGGUAAAAAUAUCAGCGACGGCAGGGCCCUCACACGGAUUUUAAAAGGUCGGAGAGAGACGCAAGUCUUUGGUGUCUCUGGGCCGCUCAGUAUUAACGAGGACGGGGAGAGAUUGAUAGAUUACGCGAUAUAUGAUCUCCAACACACGGGGAAUUCGUCUGGAUUUGUCCCUGUUUUGCUGUACGACAGUUUCCAGAGAACAAUCAGGGCCACCCCUUACUUCUCCUCUAUCAGCUGGCCGGGAGGCAUUCCGCUCAGGGACAGACCGGUGUGCGGAUUCUCUAACGAGCUGUGUGCGGCCAAGCUAAUCAAUACCUCACUCCUGGCUCUGAUAGUAACGCUGCUGGUAACGGCUCUGGGCGGCUUGCUGUUUGUAUCAUUCCUCAUCUUACAGAAAAGAAAAAUGAGGAAGCAGUUUGACGAUGACACUUGGUGGCAGAUAAACCACGAGGACAUCACCCUUCUAACGGACCAAAAGAAUAACUCUGUGAGCCCAGUUAGCACCCCAGCAUCUAAACGGUUUGGAAGCUUUGGGUCCAGCGCGGUUAUUUCCAGUAAUCACAGCUACGGUUUCACCGACAAACACGGGAAGGAAGUAUUUUACACAAAGAUGGGCCUGUAUCAGGGAAACCAUGUAGCCCUGAAAUAUCUCCCGGACCACACCAACGCGUUUCGAGUAAGGAAGGCCAGUAUCUUGCGAGAACUCCGAGUGAUGCGUGAAAUGAAGCACGAGAACCUGGUAACUUUCUUUGGGGUGUGCCCUGAGCCCCCCAAUGUCUGCCUUGUCACACAGUACUGUAAAAAAGGAAGUCUCAAGGAUGUUUUGCAGAAUAACGACAUCGAACUGGACUGGAUAUUCAAACUCUCUUUUUCCUACGACAUUGUUAAUGGAAUGUGCUUCCUUCACAAUUGUUCCCUCAAUUCCCAUGGGAACCUAAAGCCGUCGAACUGUUUGGUAGACAGUCGCAUGCAGGUGAAACUCUCCGGAUUCGGUUUAUGGGAAUACAAAUAUGGAACGACUCUCCGAGAUAUUGCAGCUAAAAAUGUCAAUUAUUCAGAACUAUAUUGGACAGCGCCGGAACUGCUGAGAUUAGGGGUCUUUCCGUUCCAGGGCACCCAGAAAGGAGACGUUUACAGUUUUGCUAUAAUUAUGAAAGAGUUGAUUUACGACGGAGAGGAUGGCCCGUUCCAGGAUCUCUCUCUGCAACCGUCAGAAAUUAUUAGCAAACUCAAGGAAUCUAGCUCGAACGACCCGUUGAGACCUUCUUUAUCGACAGAAAAAUGUGACGAAAGGAUUAUUACCAUGCUAAAAAUGUGUUGGGACGAGAACCCAGAGAGACGACCAUCGUUCGCGUCCAUUAAGAGGCGUUUGCGGGGAUUGAGUCCUGAGGGACAUGUCGGCAUCUUGGACAAUAUGGUUAUUAAACUGGAGAAAUACGCCAAUCACCUGGAGGAUGUAGUGGAAGAAAGGACGGCCAAACUUAUAGCCGAGAAAAAGAAAACAGACAAGCUACUAUCAACGAUGUUACCGAGUUUCAUUGCAGAGCAGCUCAUGUGUGGAAAAUCGGUGGAACCUGAGAGCUUUAACUCGGUCACUAUCUUCUUCUCUGACAUUGUGGGAUUCACCACCCUAUGUUCGGCCAGUACUCCGCUCCAGGUGGUGGACUUGCUGAAUGACCUUUACAGUUUAUUUGAUGAAAUUAUCAAAGAAUAUGAUGUAUACAAGGUGGAGACCAUUGGGGACGCUUACAUGGUCGCUAGUGGUCUUCCAAUAAGGAAUGGAAUCCAACAUGUCGAUGAAAUUGCCACAAUGUCUCUGCACUUUCUCAGCUCCAUGCUAGCGUUCAAAAUUCGACAUAAACCAGACGAGAAGCUGAAACUGCGCAUUGGACUGAAUACCGGUCCUGUAGUGGCCGGUGUGGUUGGAGUCACGAUGCCGAGAUAUUGUCUGUUUGGGGACACUGUUAACACUGCAUCCCGGAUGGAAAGCAACAGUCUACCUUUGCGGAUUCAUGCUUCAGAAACAACAGCCAUUGCCCUCAAAGAGAUCGGAGGGUACGAUUUGCAAGAACGAGGGACUAUUACCAUUAAGGGUAAAGGGAGACAGAAAACCUUUUGGUUAAAAGGUAAGAAGGGGUUUUGGAUGCCGCUGUCAGACUUUCCAAAUGAACCCGAUUAUCUUCGAGCCCUAUCAGAGGACGAUGAGGUCAGUUUCACAAGUGAAAAGUAAUCCUUAACGAAGAAAGAAUAAUUGAUUUCCCCCUCGUUAUAUUUGACCAAAAAAAAAAAGCAGUUUUCAUUCCAUUUUUAUUCCGAGUGCAAUCUGGGAAGACUGACGAUUUAUUGGGAGAAUGAACAACACUUUAUAUCUCCAAGAUAUUUUUGGAACAAACGUCCAUCGUCCAUCCAAGCGAUCCAUCUCCCGAUUAGCUCAACGUGGGAAUAUCACCCUCCUUAUACAAAAUGUCUCACGAUAGGAUUGUUUUAACCACAAACCUCAUUCAGAGGAAGAA